AUGACUCUGGAUUCGGCAUUCGCCCCCCUCCCACCUGGGAAAGCUCACUGCCCUAACAAACCGAAAUUCAACUACUAUGCUCAAGGACGUCGACCGGACCCUGCAAAGAUCGAAGCAAUUCAACGAAUGCCUGCACCGAAAGACAUCGGCCAACUUCGAGCCUUCUUGGGCCUAGUCAACUUCUAUGGAACGUUCGUCAAUGGUCUGCACAACCUACGCGCCCCGCUGGACGCACUCCAAAAAGGAUGCCGUCUACUCAUGGACCCCAGAGUGCCCCCCAGCCCCCUCGCCAGUCGUGCUUUCCAUCGCAUCAAAGCAGUUCUCAGAUCGGAUCUAUUACUCACACACUACGACGCUUCACUGCCACUCAUCGUCGCCGCAGAUGCCUCAACUAUGGACUAUGAAGAAGAUGUUCGCACAGUUUGGAAACCCGAAGACGCUCAUCACGGACAACGGCACACAGUUCACCUCCAGCAAGGAGCCGUGAAACUGCCUUGCCGAGGAGUUCUGCCGUCUGUCGAGGAAUCCACAUCACGAUCCGCUCCCCUCCUUUUCAUCCACAAAGCAAUGGACAGGCCGAGCAGAGGACUAUCCAAACUGAAGAGGGAGGAAGCAACAUCGGAUGCACUUCAAACCUUUCUGAUGGCAUACCGUUCAACGCCCUGCAUUUCGGGACCAGAUCAGCUGUCGCCACGCCGAAAACCUUUCUGCGCGCCGCCGGGACGUCGGCACAUCACCACCACAGCUGACUGA